CGAUGAUGAAAUAAGAGGCAUUUUAGGCGAUGAAAUAUGGAGGGUUGAGAAUAAAAGUUUCAUGUGGACACAUAACCUCGAUCACAACACUGUUUAUAUUGAAGUGUCUGUGUGUCUUUUGCUAUGAAAAUUGUGUCUUGUAGUUCACUUUUGAUGGAGUGAGUGAGGAGUAGUCGUGUUGGUCAGAAACAAAAUCCCAGGAAGGAUCGAACUAAAGAUGAAUCAUGAAGAAGAAGAAGAUGUAGAUAUACUGAUUGUUGGUGCCGGAUUAGCUGGUCUCACUACUGCUUUAUCCCUUCACAGGUUAGGUUUGAGGAGCUUGGUGUUGGAGUCAUCUGAUAGUUUGAGGAUCACCGGAUACGCCCUUUCACUAUGGACCAAUGCUUGGAGAGCCUUAGAUGUUGUAGGGAUUGGAAGUACUUUGAGAAAAAAAUCCACUCAAAUUAAAGGAUUCAAGAUCGCCUCUCUUGAUACUGGUCUCUUUACUUCGGAGCAAGCACUUGAUAAAGAUGGAAAAUUCGAGGGUUAUGAAAGCCGAUGUGUUAAGAGAAAGGAUUUACUAGAGGCAAUAGUAAACGAGUUGCCACCAGACACCAUUAGGUACUCUUCCAAGGUUGCAACCAUUGAUGAACUCGGCCGCUAUAAGCUGGUACGCCUAGCCGAUGGUUCAAUUCUUAAAACCAAGGUGUUGAUAGGGUGUGAUGGAGUUAAAUCAGUUGUGGCAAAAUGGUUAGGUCUUGAGAGACCAAUUAGUGAUGGGAGAUUGGCUAUUCGGGGUUUGGUGGAGUUCCCUGAUGGUUCGUGUUCUGAUCCAAUAUUCCAUGUGAAGUUUGGAGGCGGAGUGCGCUUCGGUUCUCUUCCUGUUGAUGAAAACACUGUGUACUGGUUUUGCACGUUCAUUCCGUCUCAAGUUCCAUCCUAUGAAGAAGACUGGAAAGUAAACCCAAUAAAAGUGAAGCAAUUUGUAUUGAGCCGUAUCCACAAGAUGCCUCAAGAAGCACAAGAUGUGGUGGAAAGAACAAAGUUAAGUAACAUAUCGUGUGCAAAAUUGAAGUUCAGAUCUCCAUGGAAUGUCUUAUUUGGCAAUAUAGUGAAAGAUAACGUUUGUGUAGCCGGGGACGCGCUUCAUCCAAUGACUCCUGACAUUGGUCAAGGCGGGUGUGCAGCGUUAGAAGAUGCGGUGGUGCUAGGUAGGUGCCUCGGGGAGGUGUUUUUGAAGAAAGCGAGUGAAGAAGAUGAUGAAUUUGAGAGGAUUAAAAAGGGUUUGGAGAAAUAUGGGAAAGAAAGGAGAUGGAGGAGUUUUAGUCUUAUUAGUGUUGCAUAUUGUGUUGGGUAUAUUCAACAGAGCAAUGGGAAGAUGAUGAGUUUGUUUAGGAAAGUAUGGUUUUCUAGCUACACUCCUAGUAUUUUCCUUAAAAUGGCUGAUUUUGAUUGUGGUAAUCUUGUCAGUUGAAUCACGAGAUGCAAAAUGAUUUGUGAUGUUUUGGGUAUUCUUAUCGAUCUAAAGAUGAUGACGUUGUUUUAAAUUGUUUAUUUUUCAUGAAUGUUUUGUUGUCUUGUGACAACAUUUCACAUUUCUAUGUUUUGUUUCAUAUUUUCAAUUUCA